CUUCAGGCCUUGGGGAACGGGCGACUGCGGCGUCCCCACGCGGUGGCCAGCGCCCGCCUGGGGGGCCACUGGUACCUGGGGGUGGCCGACAGCUCCAAGGGGGGCACCAGCACCCUCUUCCGUUGGGGGGGACGGGGCUUCUACCCCCACCAGGCCUUGAGGCCCUGGCACCGUGACACCCACCUGGAGUUCCUGGAGCUGGGGGGGCGGCCGGCCUUGGUGGUCUGCAGCGGGACGAGGAGGCCACUGGUCUACCGGUGGAGCGGGGCAGCCUUCGCCCCCCACACGGACAUCCCCCACGUCCCCGACGUCUACGCGGCCAAGCACUUCCGCCUGCGGGGUCACGUCUUCCUCUGCCUCACACGGUUCCUGGGGGACGCCAAGGUGAUGCGGUGGGAGGGGUCCAUGUUCCGUGAGGUCCAGCAGGUGCCGGCGCGGGGCUCGAUGGUCUUCCAACCCUUGUCCUUGGCCGGCCAGCGCUACGUCAUCUUGGGCAAUGACUACGCCCCGAGCCGUGUCUACCGCCUGGGACCCGGUGGCCACCUGGAGCCCACCCAGGAGCUCCUGGCCCCCGCCCCCCGUGCCUUCGCCCCCAUCUCCUUGGGUCACCGGCACUUCUUGGUGGCCGCCAGCUUCAAGGGGGCCACCCAGAUCUACCGGCAUGUCACCGUGGACUUGGGGGCUUGAGGGACGUGGGGACGUCCCGCUGUGGUGGGGACAGGAGAUGUGAUGUUGUCGUGGGCUUGGGAGCGUGGUGGACUUGGGGCUGUUGGCCAUGAUGUCACCAUGGGCCUGGGUGCCCAAGGGACAUGGGACAUUGGUCAUCAUGUCAUCAAGAACCUCAGGACCUGGGGACAUUGGCCAUCAUGUCAUCAAGAACCUGGCGACCUGAGGACAUGGGGACAUUGGUCAUCAUGUCAUCAAGAACCUGGGGACAUGGGGACAUGGGGACAUUGGCCAUCAUGUCAUC